GCUUGGCCAACUCGUGUGCACACUCCUCGACUCCGAUCGCGGAUAUCCUUCAAACGAUCGAUAGUUUCUCUAUUAUCGCUUAUCGGACGACAGCCCGCCACCCGCCCUUACCUGGAUUCCCGUGAGGAACUCUCAAAAUUUCCAUUACGAUAGCGUACGGGAGGACGGGAAUCUGGCCCGUGCACAUUGACAUUAAACUGGAGCGGCAGACAUGAAGAUAGCAACGACGCUGUUUCUCUUCGUUGUCGUCGGGUGCACGUGGCGAGAGGCAUUGGGAACAUGCGUUUUGGAAUCGGACUUUGGUUUCACGUUAAACUGUGCCUUCAAAAAGUCGGGGCUCUUUCGGGUCCGUAAUCUAGGAGGCGUCAAGGGCUACGUUGGUCUUGGUUUCUCAAUUGGAGACGAGCUGGGCUUUCGAGAUUCUUUAACCAAUCUGGAAGUAAGCAAAAGACGCAGUGUAUCUAAGAAAAAUGGUAUUCCUGGUCUACAUCCUAAUGGGGUGGCGGGUCGUGAUGACGCGAUGACUCAAUCGUCGUCCCAACAACAGGUGCAACAGCGCGGCCGUAUGUCCGUGCCCCCCUUCAAGCCUCUACCCCCGGGUGGUUCAAGACCGAUGGCUCAGCAACCCGAACGACAACGUCUCGUUGUUCAGCAGAACACGACUUCUUUCCCAACUGUCCUGAAACAGAUGCCCGGACCGACGUUCGCCGCCCUUCAAGAGGACGUCGCGAAACACCAGCAGCGCCUGCAGCUCGAGGCGAAGCUCAAGCAGCAGCAGCAGCAACAACAACAACAACAACAACAACAACAACAACAGCGUGCUCAGCAGGAGCUCGUCGCCAUGCAAAUGCUUAAGCAACAGCGCCAGCAGCAGCACGAGGCUAUGAGACAGCAACACCAUCACCACCUCCAGAAGGAGACGGCUAUGAGACAACAACAGCAACAGCAACAGCAGCAGCAGCAGCAACAACAACAACAACAACAACAAAAGAUUCAUUUGCAGAAGGUGCAGUUCCCACAGCAGGCUCUCCAGCCUGCCAAUCAAAUCAAACGGAUACAGCAAGUGAUGGCUCCGGGAGUCGUCGCGAUGCCCAUUCGACUUCCAAAUUUCGUCGCCGCCGUCCCGCCAGCCGUAAGUGUCAUCAGUGCCGACAAAAUCGCCCAGCCCAUUAGCAAACCUAUGGCCACCCUCGCGAUUACUGGUGUUGGAUUGCCCCCGUUCGUUAGUAUGCCAGCUUCCACAGCACAGCUGACCGACAGGAUCAGCCACAGUCCGGCACCGAUCGAGAACUCUGCCAAUGAAGUAUAUAAAGAUGAAAAUAAUCAGUUGCCGCUGCCGAGCGACGACAUGGCGUCGUCGGUAAAUCAGAUGACGCUCAUGUCGCUGCAGCCGAUGAACGUCGCCGAAAGCAGCCGAGUCCAGUCGCAGACGAAACAAGAGUCGGUGGAAUCGUUGCCCUCGUUGGCCCCGAUCCAGGCCAUGGAGACGUCGCUCAAGACCCUCGCCGAGGCGAGCAACAUCACGCUCGAGGCCCUCGAGGCUGCCAUUCUUCUCAGGCAGCAGCAGCUCCUACGGAAACAGCAGGGCGUCGUCACGACUACCAGCACCAGCACUCCGCGGCCCACCCAAUCGACUAAGAACAAAAGCAAUAAUUCUGGGGCUACGAAAGUGAUGAAUGCACCCCGCGAAUAUUAUCCAGUGAAUUAUGAUAAGAAUUUUGAUGAUAAUUUCGCCAGUCGAGUCGAUCUUCCCGACACUACAUUUUACUGUGGCGAUCAAAAACAUUUUCCAGGACUUUACGCCGAUGAAGACCUCGGAUGCAUGGUAUUUCAUGUAUGUGCGCUGACGGAUGACGGAUUAAUAAUGAAAAGUUUUCUAUGCCCCGAAUCGACUCUCUUCGAUCAAACCAUCCUGAAGUGUAAUUGGUGGUUUUACGUCGAUUGCAAAACGUCAAAAAGCCUCUACGACAGCAAUAUUCCAAUUAGCAAAAGUUAUCAGCUUAUGAAAGCUCUUGCCUUCUUCUCGGCAUACAAAAGCCAUGACAAUUCGACACAAAAUGCGACCAACAAUAAUGAGUCUUGAGUGACAUUGUGUGACGUUUGUGCUGAUUUUAUCGUGGAAUGAAAGCCGAAGGACUAUAAGCUGAAUGGAAAAAUGCAGUGACUUUUGGCAGCUUAUGCUUCUGCGUCUAGAGAACAAAUGCUUAAAACGAUACACAAAAGUAUACAAUAAUAGUUAAAUUACGAUAAUACAUAUGUUGUUGUUAU